UCGCCGAUUUACUUUCGGGCUAACGCUGGACGCUGGAUUAUGCUUGAAUGUUGGGGUUUAAAGUCCAAAGGUGAGCAAACACCUUUUUGAUCGAUUUUCACCUAUUCUGCCCGAUUUGUUUUUCAUGACUUUUAUCGACGAGGACUUCGCCAAGAGAAGCUACCGCGCAGUCGAGUCGUAUUUGUCCUCUUGGUUCUCUUUCCGAAACAUGUUUGGAUUUACGUGUUGCAUUUCUUUGCUUGUUUUGUUUUGCUUGCCGUCGCUUCGCUCGACUCCGCAAGCUAGCAGAAAUGACGAACCCAUCAUCGGUAUACUGGCGCAAGAUUUGUUCACGCCCAAAGAAAAUCACAAUGCUUACAUCGCUGCUUCCUACGUCAAAUUCUUGGAGGCGGCAGGAGCCAGAGUGGUGCCCGUCAUGAUCAACCAGACCGAUGAAGAGUACAGGAGACUCUUCAAGUCCAUUAACGGCGUUCUUUUCCCCGGAGGCGGGGCCAGCAUCUUCUCAUCGGGCUACCAGAGGAGCUCCAAGAUCUUCUACGAGAUGGCCCUGGAGGCCAAUCGGAGAGGCGACUACUUCCCCAUCUGGGGGACGUGCCUUGGCCUGGAGCAGCUCUUCCUCUUGACCAACGGCGACUCACUCCUCACGCGCACAAACACCACCGGCGUGUCCUUGCCGCUCAAGUUUACCAAAGAGGCCAAAGGUAGCAGAAUGUUCCUAGGGUUCCCCCCUGAACUCAUGGAUGCGUUGGCCUUGGAACCUCUCACCGAGAACUCGCACCAGUGGAGUUUGGCCAUGGAGGCGUUCAACAGCAGCAACACACUGACCUCCUUUUACAAAGUUCUCUCCACCAACACAGACGGAAAAACUGAGUUUCUGUCCACGGUGGAAGCGUUCGAUUACCCCAUUUACGGCACGCAGUGGCACCCGGAGAAAAACGCCUUUGAGUGGAGGCGGCCGUUUGUGGCGCACACUCCCUCGGGGGUGCGCGUGACUUUCUUCAUGGCGGAGUUCUUUGUGAGCGAAGCCAGGAAGAACUUCCACCGAUUUGCCACAGAGGACGAAGAGAACCAAGCGCUCAUUUACAACUUCAGUCCUGUGAAAAGUAGCGCAAACAGCAUCUUUGAGCAAAUCUAUUAUUUCUGACACCUUUGCACAACUGCUGCCGCCAUGUUUACUAUACCUCAUGAAAUGCACAAAUAGUUGACAAAAGCGUCAACGACACUUUGUUCUUCCCUGUGAAGGAAAAUUGAAAACAAAUGUAAUCUACUCGAACUGAAUUCGGUUUAGGGCUUUGGAAAAUGAAGCUUGUCACGACAACGUUGUUACUUGCCACGAGAUGGCGCUCGAACUUUAUGUUGUGUUUUAGCUUGGACACGAAACUGAAUUUUCUUUAUCCUGGGUGUAUGAUGGAAGAUGCGUUAAAAAAGUCUGGAUGCGGAUUCGCAAGGAAUUGUACAAUAAACGUUGAGUCAAGUUUA